AUGAAAUUUAAUCAAUCAAAGUUUAUGCAUAGACGCAGUGAUCGUCUAUUUCCUAUUCAUCCGAAUAAUUUGAAUAAAGUUAUACAAGGUGAAUGGAACAUCAUUACCAAAUGGUUAUGUGAUGUUUUAUCAUCUGGUGAUAUCAUGUGUGAAAUUAAUUCAGUAUUUACUACUAUUCAAAGAUUUAUCAAUAUAUUUGGAAUGCGUUUAUCUAAAACACAACGCAUUGCUUUAAUUCGUCUCACUGUAGCUUAUAUAUGUUGUCCAAAUAUUGAUAUGCCUGUUGUAUUCAAUGCGUUAGAGCUUUUAAACAAGUUGAUAAGUAAAUCACAUUCUCUUCCAUCAUCAACUUUGUCUGUUAACUGGAGAGAUUUCUUGGAUAUGCGAGAAUGGAUCGAUAAUGUAUGGGAAGUAAAUUUUCACUCGAUUCAAUUGCCCAAGAUGGAAUAUUUAAAAUUACAACAAAUCACUACUUUAUGCUCAAAGUUCUUUCCAAAAAGUUCAAUUGAAGAAGUUUGGUUAGAAUUUCGUCAUCAUAUUUGUAGUGAUCUAUUGACUGGUGCACCGAACAAUUAUUUGAAUCAUUUCUUAGUGUAUACACCAUUUUAUCCAAAAUAUUUUGAUGAGAUUAGUCGUGUUUGGUUAACUGAUAUAUUUGAUUUAUGGUAUAUGCAUCCUGAAUUCGGAAAUUUUCGUGAAAUUAUUCGAAUAUUAUGUUAUGUUUCUCGUAUUGGCCGAGGUCGAAUCGAUUGGGAACCGCAUAUGGAACGUAUAUUUACUGGUCUUUCAAGAGCUAUCACAUUAAGCCAUAAACCGGUACAUGGGGAAUCAUUGAAAACGGAAGAUAUAGAAUAUUAUGCUGAAUUAAUGAUGAAUACCAUUGGUCCUGAUCGUUCCGAUUGUCCAUCGUCAACAUUGUAUCGAUUGGAGCAAUUAUUAAAAUCGGUUGAAUCAUUCUAUCAUCCAUCUACAAGUCAAAUGGAUGCAGCGAAAUUGUUAAGUUGUUUUAUGCUGGAAUUUUUACAUUGUUUAAUUUAUCGUUUACGUGAUGAAUUAUUUCCACCAAUGGAAGCAUUGGAUUUAGGCUAUACACCACCUGAAUUUUAUCUAUCUGUGGAACAAGUGAAUCAAGUUGUUGAUUUAUUCACACCAAUUUGUUUAGAUUACUUUUUAUACUCGAAAUUUGAUGCGGUCGUAAAUAAUACAGUGAAAAUUAUUUCAUUAUUAUGCAAACUACGUCCAAGUCGUGUUAUGCCAUGUUUAAUUGAUAAUCUGGACGCGGGUUUAUCCAAGCUGGAAAUGCCAUUACGUUUCACUCGACCAUUGCAAGCAUUAACUCAUUCAGUACAAUCAUUAAUCUAUGUUAGAUUCCCAUUGUAUCCACAUGGACCAUCAUUAUCAUCGUCGAAUGUGCAUUCUGGUAAUGAUGAUUUUGAUACAUUAGAACAUCAUAUCGAUGAUGAUGAUGAUGUUGAGGAGGAGGAGGAUGUUGUUGAUGCUGAUGGGGCUAACGAGUACGAUAAUGCUAAUAAUGGCAUCGACACCGGAGAUGGUGAUGAUAAAGAGAUGAUGAAAGAAGAAAUCGACUAUGAACAAGUUGAUGAUGGUGAUGAUGAUUAUGAUGAAAGUGAUAGAGGAGAUGAAGAAGAUUUAUUCACAUCAUCAUCAUCGUCGUCGUCAGCAUCUUCAGCAUCAGAUGUUGAUAAUCACAAAGCAAACAAUUCAAGUCCUCCUACUCGACCUGUGAAUCAUGCUAAUGGGAAACGUACAAUGAAAAAGCGAAUCUUAAAAAAGGUAAUUUUGUUCAUUGAUUCACUCAAAUUUCUCUCAACACCUAUAUGGAAUACAUCAACUAUGCGAUCGAUUCACACCAAUCAUACUAAUCCAAAUGAUUUAAUUACUGAGAAAAUUAUCACAGAAUUAAAUGGUAUAGAAGAUACAGUAUUCAUGUUAUAUGAACAUAUUUUAACUUAUUUAUCACGAUUAAAUGAUGAUAGUAUGAAUUUGUUUAAUGCACAGCAUAGUACACAUUUAUCACAUACAAUCUAUCGACCACAAACUGGUUCUCCACGUUCUUACAUAGAUACAUGUCAAAUGAGUCGAUUAACUGGUCUAUGCAUUGCACUGAGUCUAUCAACAUCGUCUAAUGUACAAUUACGUUGUCGUUUAAUUAAUUUAUUAAUUGAUAAAAUAUUUUCCUGUCAAUGGUCUCCAGAAACAUCACGAUUAAUUGGUUAUCAAGCUUAUUGGUUAAGUGUUGAUUCUUCGUAUAACAACAAUAGUAGUAGUAGCAUCAGUUCAUCAAUUUAUGCUUUGAAAUUAAUCUGGCCAAAAUUUAUGGCGAUUGUAAAUGAAAUUGAAAAUGAUGCAUCGUUUGUCUAUCAUCAUCGAGCAGAGCCUCGACUUCUUUCUCUAUUAUAUAUUCUACCGGGUUUCAUAUGUGCACUACCACCGGAGAAUUUGAUUGAUCCAAUUAUUUAUGAAGAGUUUAUUCAACCAUUAAUUAUUCUCCUUGGUAAAUUAUGUUAUUUAUCAACCGGUUGUCUUGUCAAACCAGAUUGGAAUCAGUUGACAUGCAUGAAAAGUGUCAAUGCACCUAGUAUGAUGACACUUAUUACAGUGAAUGCAUGUCCUGCAUUAUCUGAGGCAUCAGCAAGUUUUCUAGCUAUGUUAUUGCAUCGUUUAACAAGUUACAGUAUUGAUUUACGCCAUUUGAAUUUACUAGACAAUAUUGUUGGCAUAGAUGAUGAACAGCAACAAGAACAACAACUGAAUAAAGUGGAUGCAUUUAUUUCAUCUCCUUGGUGGAGUCCAUUUGUUAACUUAAAGUCGAUUGUUAAAUAUUGUUACAAUCAUAAAAGUCGUAAAUAUCAUAGUUUUUGGUUUAAACCAACAAGUAUGACAACUAAUUUAGCUCGACAAUUAGUUAAAACAUUUUUAUAUCCGAUCAUUGAACAAUUAGAAGUAAUUCAUGCAAAUUUAACCUCUUUACUGCAUUCUACCACUUCUAAUGAUAAUGUUCGAAAUGGAAUCAAUUACAUGGAACAACGAAAUCAAUUCACAUCUUUAACAAUCUGGAUGAAUCAUUUAAUGAAUGCUUUAUCUGAUACUUUAGCACCUCGUACAAAAAAACUCACUGUAAAUGAAAUACGUAUUGGAGAAAAUUUUAUGCCAUGGCAUGGUCUAUCUAAUCUCAUUGAUCCACAUGAAGUGUACAAUGUACCGUCAACCGAUGAUCUACAACAAUCUUCUGUAUCUGAUUGGGAUGUUACUUAUUUCUAUAUGAGUAGUAAGAAUGAUCCAAGUGAAGAAUUACGUGAGACAGCACUUAAAAUCGGUUUAAAACUGCUGGAUGUGAUUUCACAAUUGAUCAAAGAAACUGAUGAUAAUUUAAUUGAUUGUUAUGAAAAAACUGAUGAUUAUGAAAUUAUUGAUAGCGUUCUUGAUAAUUCAACUAAUUUCGACACUGUUGGUGUUUCAGAAAAAUCAAAUGAUUGUAAUAAUUCUACUACUAAAUCAAUUUGGCUAUUAUUUAACAAUGUUCAAAUUUAUAAUCUAAUCGAAUUCACUCAACAAGCAUUAUUGAAUUUACCAAUGGAAGAGCAUAGACCAUAUCUUUUACAAAUUUUAAAUGGUCCACAAAGUUUAUUAUCAUCUGAUUUAGGUGCACGUAAUUGUUUACACUUAUCGGAACAACAACAACAACAACAACAACAAUGUACACGUUCAAAUGAUUUUGACAAAUAUUGUAUACCAAGUAUUAAUUCUUUAACUGGAACUUAUUGUUCCCCAUUAUCCACAUCGCCACCGCCAUCAUCAGCAUCAGCAUCAGUAAAUCAAAAUGAAUCGAAUGAAAAUUUACAAAUGUAUUUCGGUUGUUCCAUCAUCACACACAUUGCACGUAUACAUCAGCGGUUUUCUAUGAUAAAAUUGAAUCAUUUAAGAAAAUAUUUAACAGUGACAGUGAAAAAUUCCACCGGUCAAUGCAUAACACAUUCGCUUGCUUGUUCUCCAAUCAUACAACCAUCCAUAGAAAUGAUAAAAUUCGCUGAAAUUUUAACUGUUUUAGCAACCUCUCCACAUCGAUCGGAUAUUCGACGAUUAGCAAAUUUCAUUCUUAAUGGAUCGUUAAUCAAAUGUAUUCCUUCGAUUGGUUCAAAAAUUGUAGAAUCAUUGGUUAAUCGUUUAAAUAAUAUAAUGUCAGAUAUAAAAUAUCUAACAUCCUCACCUCAUUCAUCAUCGUUAUCUUCAUUAACAUCGAUUGGUUCAUCUUCUUCACCUAUUAUCCUAUCUACUAUUGGUUCAUUAGAAGCAAAACAAAAACUUAUACAUCAUCGACGUAUGUCUACAAUUAUAGCAUUAAAACAAAUCUAUGCACGUCAUCAUUGGAAUCGUGAAUUCGAUGAAUUGCUUAGAUUAGAUCCAUCUUUAUUUGUACAAUUUUGUACUAGUCUUAUUGAACAACUAGUUAAUUAUGAAACAGAAAAAUCGAUUUGGUUUAAAAGCUUCAAAAUAACUAAUAGCAAUAAUAAUAGUGAUUCAAUGAGUAAAUCCAAUCUUCAACAACAACAGCAUCAAUUAAAACAAUUACAAACAAAUCGUGAUAAUUUAGAAUGUUUAAUCAAACAAAUUUUACAAUCAUUUCAACAUUUCCCCAUAGAUUUCUAUGUAUAUCUUUCAUUCAAUCGUCAACUGAAACAAAUUCCACCUACUAGUAGUAGUUGGUUAAGUAAAGUUUAUUCUGAAGUUGAUCAUUGUUUACAUACCUUUCAAUGUUCAAUUAAUGUUCAAACAUCAUUGAAUCAUUCAAAUCACAUGAUUGAUAGACUAUUUGAAAAUCGUAAUCAAGCUAUGUCAUUGUUCACUCGAAAUAUUUCUGAUUAUAUUAUUCGUAUACAUUCAAUUGAUGAUGAUUAUCAGCCAAUCGAUUCCUCAAUAGAUUUUGAAAAUAUAACAAUAACUGAUCAUAAAACUACUACUACUAAUAAUCAUCAUCAUCAUCAUCAUCACAAUACUGGUACUAGUACAAGUUGGUCAUUAACUGUUACAUUGUUAAAGUUAUUACGUUAUCCUCUUAGUCCACCAUUUACACCUGUAUGGAAAUUAUUAGAUAACAACUACUCGCUACCUCCACCAAUUUUCAAUCCUCCAUCAUUGAAAUUUAUUGAAAUUGUAUUCAGCUUAAUGAUUAGUGAACAAACUGAAGUGGCAUUUACUGCGUGUAGAUGUAUUUCGGAAUUACUUUACAAUCUAAUUGGUCGUUAUCGUAUUCCAUCACGUCAAUGUAUUUCUCCUAUAGAAAUAUGUCAAAACAAAUUGACCAGUAAUAAUACCAAUGUGAAUUCAUCCAUUUUACCAACAACUCAUCAUCAUCCUAAUAUGAAUUCACCGAUUGUAGCUGGACCACGUCCAGAUAAUUUAUGGUUGUUAUUUAAUGAAAAUGCUAGAAUUUUAGAAUCCGAUCAAGCAUAUCAAUCACAUCAUCAUGUUGUAUCAUUAAAUUGUGGUUUUGUUUAUUAUCCUGUUCAUUUAUAUAUCUACAAUCCAUAUGCCAAUCUACCUUAUCCAACAUUUGAUCACAAUGGACAAUUGAUUGCAGAAAACCGGCCAAAACAAAUCAAUACUACUACAAUCGGUUCUAAUGAUCAUGUCAAUAGUAGUAUUAAUUCAUCUGAUCAAUUCACAUCAUGGUUAUCACAUCUCAUCAUAAUUGAUAAUCAACAAAAUUAUAAGCAUAAACAAGAAGAAUUGGCUUAUUUAUUAGCUAGUAAAUUAUGUAGUCCUACAAAUAAGCAAACUCAACAAUUUUGGUCAUUAUUAGCUAAACACUUAUUAUACAUACAUCGAUUUCAUGCAAUGAAACAACAAUAUUAUGGCAAUAUAAUACAUGAUUUCAUUAAAUCAUGUUUAUUAUCAUUUGGUCCAGAGAAUAUGUUCAAACAUUUGGCGCAUUUCAUUGAGACUUUGUUGAUGAUUACAUUGCCAAAUUCUAAAUUACCAUUAGAUGGUAAAGCGGAAUUCAUUAGUUUCUAUUGGAUACAAAUUAUAUUAACUAGUUUAAUUAAUCUUAGUUCAAUAUGGUCACGUCAAUGGAAAUAUUAUUUUUGGCGUUUAUUUAUACCGAAAAUUCUGUGUUGGUCCGAAAUUGCUGCAUUGAAUGUAUCCAUUGAUGGAUUGGCUCAAUCGAUCGAUGAAAAAUUACAUCCCACUGUACGACAUGUCCCAUGGAUCAUACCGAGUUAUGCUGGAAAAUUUGCUGGUGGACGAGAUGAAGAUGAUGAUGAUGAUGGUGAUAUUGCAGUUGAUGAUUGUCAUAAAAAUUUUACGGCAGCAAUCAAAUCCAAUGAUUUAUCCUCUGGUCGAGUUGUUAAACAAUCAUUAGCCGGUGGACCAUAUCAUCGUAUUUAUUUCAUGUAUGAUUAUGUGAUUAAUUGUGCUACAAGCAAUGCGAAUUUAGAUAUUCACUGUUUACAUCCAUUAUGGGAUUGGGCAAUACAAGGAUUGAUCGAGUCGAAUCACAAUGACAAUGGCAAUGAUAAUCAUAGUGCACAAUGCAUCAAUGCAUCAUGUUGUCAACAUGGUCUUACCAUGACUAAAGAUGAUGAUUGUCCAUCGUGUAUAUUAAUUCAACAUUUACCAUUAGUUCAUCGUCGUGUAUUCUAUGAAAGAUUAUGUUAUAAAUUUGUAUUUUCAUUAGGUUGGCUUGGUAUACCAUUGUAUAAACAUUUGCUAUCAUAUCAACCAUCUUCUUCUUCUUUGUCUCAUCGUCAGCGUCAGCAUCAUUCAACUGUGUUCAAUUCUUCUGAUCGAUGGUAUUCACAAGCAUGUAAUAAUUCUGUCUGGUUAAGAGAUUUAUCCGCUAGUCAUGCUGUCUAUCGUGUAUUACCAAUGAAUAAUUUAAUUUCUAAUAAUAAUAAAAUUAAUUUAAAUAUUAUUACAUAUAAAUCAAAACAAACCGAAUUGAUAUGUUUAUCAAAACAAUUAUCAAUCAAUGAUAUUUUCAAUUAUCAAUUAUUUAUCAGGGAUUUGUUUCAAAUUGAUGAUCAAUCGGAAUUGCUUGGUGGUGAGUUUUUAUUAAAGUCGUUCUUACCAUUGAUUGUUCGUGAUACAUUGAAUGUGUUACGUUUAAAACGAAUCAAUUUAUCACAAUCAAGUUUAAUGUUAUCAACAGCUCCACCGGAAUAUAUUCAUUCUAGUGUAAUUCAAGAAGUUUACAAAAAUACCACUACAGAAGCUACAACAGACAACGGUAGCAGUUAUAAUAAUAGUGAUAAUAAUAAUAAUAAUCAUUCACCUGAUCAUAAUGUUAUCGGUAAAAAAAAUUAUCGUCUUUCAGAAAUUAUUGUAUUAUCUAAUCGUCUGUAUUGUUUAUAUUCAUGUUUAAGAGUUUUGUUAAACUACAGUUGUCCUACAUUUCCACCGCCGCAAUCGCCAUCAUCGCCAUCCACAUUAAUAAAUGAAGAGAAUUCCAUUCAAACAAAUCAGUAUGAAUAUUCAAUGUUAAGUCGUACAAAGAUUUGUUGUUUAUUAGCACCAUUGCUAGCGGAUAUUUGUUCUAUGGGCAAUGCAUAUGAUUAUUUCACUUGUGCAUUAAAUAUGAAAAUAUUUCAAAACACUCAUUGUUGUUCCCUGUCACGUAAACACAAUUAUGCCAAAAUCAAUGCUGCUGGUGCUGGUGAUGAUGAUGAUAUGAAUGAUGGUUUAAUAUGUGGCAUUUCAGCUUAUUUAAUUUAUAUAUCUGCAUUACCACUCUCAGGACAAGGUCAAUCUAAUAAUUUGAAUGAUAAUAUUUUAUCAUUUAUUGAAGAAUUCUUACAACAUUUCCUACAGCAUCGAUCAUGGCGUACACGUGCAAUAGGAUUAUUAUUGUUAAGAAAUUUUAUAGUAUUCAAUGUAACAGCAUUUCAUAGCUUUGAAUGGAAUUUAUCAUUAGAGAAUACAACAACAACUACUACUACUACAUUGAAUAAUUCUGUGAAUAAACGAUUAAAAAGUAUUUUAUGGAAGUGUUUAAAUGAUUCUAUGCUUGAACUUAGUCAAGUCGCUAUGUUUGUGCUGGCUAUUUUCAUUGAGGUUGGUGUGAUUAAGUAUGAUAAGAAAUGGGUUGGUCAAUUGAUCAGACAAAUCAAUAGAACCCUACCAAAACAAACUUCAAUGCCUAUCAACCCUACAAAUCACAGUGACCACCAUACUCAACCAACUAAUUUUUCAGACAAUAAUAAUAAUAAUCAUGAAUAUGCCAUCGCAUUACGUGAUCGAUAUGCAGCCAUUUUAGCUUUAUGCUCAUUUGUUCACGGCAAUCCACAUCAAACUCCGGAUUAUUUACCAUUGAUUAUCUCAGAACUAGCUAAUCACUUGCAUGAUUCUCAGUCAAUUAAAAAAGUUAUCUCCUCAACUUUAUCCACUUAUUCACGUAGUCAUCAAGAUGUAUGGCAUGAACAAUCGUUGAAAUUUACACCAGAACAAUUAGAUAAUUAUAAAUUUGUUAUUUCUGAUGCUUCUUAUUAUGUUUAA